ACGACAUUGAGUUAUAAAGUAUCCAAUUUGAUUCACGUUUCCCAAAGAGAGAGAGAGUAAAAUAAGCAGAGAAGUCUUCUUUCUAAAGCACGUGUGUCUGAAAAUGGAAAAGAGGAAGACUGAAUGAGAAACGGCGUGCAAGAAGAAAACGCGUUGAAUGUUAAAGGUUCACAACCGUUGAUAUCGACCAAACAUCUCGUUCAUACUAGACAGAAAGAUUCAGAUUGAUUCACUUAUCAGUUAUAUCACCCAUCCAUCAAGUUCUGUCCUUUGUUCUCCUUUUUCUCUCUCAUGCAAGUUUCACUUCUCUGCUGAGGCGAGAGCUUCAAAUUCCAAUCUUGAUUGAGAGUUGACAUGUUUCUUGAUCCUUAAUCUGUGAUGAAGAAUCUUGGGUUAUUCGAAAUUCUUCUGCUUUCCUGUCUGUUUGUCUCCUUCCGCAUAGUUUCUGUUUCUUGUCUAAACUCAGAUGGCUUAACUCUACUCUCGCUUCUGAAGCAUUUGGACAAAGUACCAAAAGAAGUAACUUCGACAUGGAAGACAAACGCAUCUGAAGCCACUCCAUGCAACUGGUUCGGUAUCACUUGUGACGAUUCCAAGAAGGUUACGUCUCUCAACUUCACCCGUUCUGGGGUUUCAGGGCAAUUGGGUCCUGAAAUUGGGCAGCUCAAAAGCUUAGAGAUCUUGGAUCUGAGUACUAACAGUUUCUCUGGAACCAUACCGUCCACUUUAGGAAACUGUACUGAACUCGUCUAUCUAGAUUUGUCUGAAAACGAGUUCUCUGGUAAGAUCCCAGACACUCUCGGAAACUUGAAGAGCGUCGCCGAUCUCUAUCUUUACGACAACUACCUCACCGGCGAGUUACCUGAAUCCCUGUUUCGAAUCCCGGCUUUGCAGACUUUUCACGUUGAGUACAACAACCUAACCGGCCCGAUUCCUCAAAGUGUUGGUGAGGCCAAGGAGAUCUUGGAUCUGCGUAUGUUCGAGAAUCAGUUUUCUGGUACGAUCCCUGAGUCGAUUGGGAACUGCAGUAAGCUGGAGCUUCUGUAUUUGCACAAGAACAAGUUAGCUGGUUCCUUGCCUGAAAGUCUCAACCUUUUGGAGAAUCUCACUGACCUGUUUGUUGGCAACAACAGCUUGCGAGGGCCGGUUCGUCUUGGUUCGACCAACUGCAAGAACUUGCUGACAAUAGAUUUGUCCUACAAUGAAUUCGAAGGCGGUGUCCCUCCUGAAUUGGGGAAUUGCAGUAGCCUUGAAGCUCUAGUCAUUGUGAGUGGUAACUUGUCAGGGACUAUCCCUUCAACAUUAGGUAUGUUAAAGAAGCUUAAGGUUAUCAAUCUUUCCGAGAAUCGUCUCUCUGGUAGUAUCCCCUUGGAGCUUGGGAACUGCAGUAGCUUGAGCUUGUUGAAGCUGAACAAUAACCAGCUUGGAGGCGAGAUACCGAGUACAUUUGGGAAGCUCAAGAAGCUAGAAAGUCUUGAGCUUUUCGAGAACCGGUUCUCGGGUGAGAUUCCUGUUGAGAUAUGGAAGAUUCACAGUCUUGCGCAGUUGCUAGUUUAUCAAAACAAUCUCACAGGAGAGCUACCUGUGGAGAUAACCGAGCUGAAGCGUCUAAAGAUUGUUACGCUCUUCAACAACAGCUUUUACGGAGCGAUACCACCUGGUUUAGGUGUGAACAGCAGCUUAGAAGAGCUUGAUUUUAUUGAUAACAAAUUUACAGGAGAGAUACCGCCGAAUCUCUGCCAUGGAAAGAAGUUGACAGUGCUGAAUUUGGGUUCUAAUAGGUUUCAUGGUAAGGUACCGACUUCUAUUGGUCACUGCAAGAGCAUCUGGAGAUUCAUCCUUAGAGACAACAACCUCUCUGGUCUUCUUCCCGAGUUUUCUCAGGAUCAUAGCCUUUCAUUUCUCGACUUCAACAGCAACAACUUCGAAGGACCAAUCCCUAGAAGCCUCGGAAGCUCUAGGAAUCUCUCUAGCAUCAACCUGUCUCGAAACAAACUCACGGGACAGAUACCUCCAGAACUUGGGAAUCUACACAACAUCGGAUACUUGAAUCUUUCGCAUAAUCUUCUGGAAGGCUCUUUACCAUCUCAGCUAUCUAACUUGGUGAGUAUCGAGCGGUUUGAUGUUGGAUUCAACUCGUUGAACGGCUCAAUUCCCUCGAGCUUCAGUGCCUGGAAAGGCUUGGCCACUUUAGUUCUCAGUGAGAACCGGUUCUCAGGAGGCAUUCCGACGUUCUUGCCUGAGCUUGUGAAGCUGUCGGAUCUGCAGAUUGCUCGAAAUGCUUUUGGUGGUGAGAUUCCUCCGUCUCUUGGGUCGUUACGGAACCUGAUCUAUGGUCUGGACCUGAGCGGAAACGGAUUAACAGGUGAAAUUCCCGCCAAGUUGGGAGAACUUGACAGACUCACACGACUCAACGUAUCCAACAACAAGUUGUCAGGAUCUUUGUCAGUUGUUGAAGAUCUUACCUCAUUGCUACACGCCGAUGUCUCGAACAAUCAGUUCAUUGGUCCAAUACCGGAGAAACUGAAGGAUCAGCUGAUCUCUGACCCGUCGUCGUUUACAGGAAAUCCCAACCUCUGCAUUCCACAUUCCUUCCCCAACAGCCGCAGCGAGUUAAACUACUGCGACGACGAUCAAUCAAGAAACGGCAAAAGUGGCCUCAGCACCUGGAAAGUCGUCCUUAUAUCGGUCUUGUCCUCUUUACUAGUAUUGGCUUUGGUUCUUGGUCUUGUUUUCGUUUGCAUACGCCGUCGCAGAGGAAAACCAAAACCACAGAAGGAUGCUUAUGUCUUCACCGAGGAAGGCCCGUCUCUGUUGCUGAACAAAGUUCUCGCAGCGACCGACAAUCUAAACGAAAAGUACAUCAUCGGAAGAGGAGCUCACGGGAUUGUUUACAGAGCAUCUUUGGGCUCAGGGAAGGUCUACGCAGUGAAGAGACUCGUCUUCGCAUCUCACAUCCGUGCGAACCAGAGUAUGAUGAGGGAGAUCGAGACAAUCGGGAAAGUCAGGCAUAGGAACCUGAUAAAGUUAGAAGGGUUUUGGCUGAGGAAAGAAGACGGGUUGAUGCUGUAUAGGUACAUGCCUAAUGGUAGCCUAUACGACGUUCUCCACGGCGUUAGCCCUAAAGAAGAUGUGAUAGAUUGGUCUGCACGGUACAACGUAGCGCUCGGGGUCGCUCACGGACUGGCUUAUCUUCACUAUGACUGUCAUCCUCCGAUUGUUCAUCGCGACAUUAAACCGGAGAACAUACUCAUGGACUCGGAUCUGGAGCCUCACAUUGGGGAUUUCGGUUUAGCUCGGCUUCUUGAUGGCUCAACGGUUUCAACUGCCACUGUUACAGGCACCACCGGUUACAUCGCACCAGAAAACGCUUUCAAAACCGUGAGAGGAAGAGAAUCCGAUGUUUACAGUUACGGUGUUGUGUUGCUCGAGCUUGUGACGAGGAAGAGAGCAGUUGACAAAUCUUUCCCCGACAGUACAGAUAUAGUGAGCUGGGUGAGAUCUGUCUUGAGCAGCAGCAGCAGCCACAAUGUAGACGACAUGGUGUCAACAAUCGUCGAUCCGAUUCUGGUGGACGAGCUUCUAGAUUCGAGUCUUAGGGAGCAGGUGAUUCAGGUGACGGAACUGGCACUGAGUUGUACGGAGAAUGAUCCGGCGAAGAGACCGACGAUGAGAGAUGUGGUGAAAGUGUUGAGCGAUGCGAAAGGUCUUGUAAGAUGCUACUCUGAUUCAGUUCGCUAGAAAUAGAGAAUAAGCAAGUGUGUGUGUUUUCGUUUAACUAGAAGUAAUGUAACACAGCCCAUAAUGUAAAUAUGGGCCUAACUAAGGCCCAAAUAUGACGGCCCUGUAUUUCGAAAACUUCAAGCUUGUUAAAUCGACUCGUGUAUGGUAAAAAAUCAAAUUUAAGAAAAUUAUUCGGAAAUUAUUUCGUCUUGCCGGAAAUGAAGAUAGGUGCCGUUCGGGAGAGUUGGCUUAUACGGACACCGGCGCUUCCUCCGGCGGUUAGCGGCUCAAUCCACCGGAAUGGACAGUCGCAGCUCGGGUUUCCUCUUUCGAAGAGGUUUUCUCGUGGUGUGGUUAUGGCGGUUCAUGGAGGGAGAGGAUAUCAAUCUCCAUGGGAUGAAAAACCCUAUGAAACUCUUGCCACCGGUAAAAGGGUUUACUUCGAUGAAUCUGAUGUUUUGACGUUUCUUGAUCCACCCAAGGAGUUGAUUCCAUUGGACCCUGCUUCAUAUAAUCCAGCUGCUUAUCUUUGGAAAAAGAUUGAAGAUAUCCCAGAAGAGAGGCGCCACCGCUUGCUGCAGUUGUUAGAGCCAAGGCUUGUAUCAAGAGCGUGGGAAACAGCAAGCGCUCGUUAUGAAGAUCCAAGGUUAGCUAAAAUGACUGCAUCCAAGUUGUUCUCUAAUGGAGAUGCGGAGAUUUCACUUGAAUACUUUAACUGCCGAACAAGCCAGGGUCCACUAGUCGUAUCUUGGAUAAAGUCCUUCAGGAUGGCUGUGUUUUCCUCCAACAACGGCCAAAUCUAUGGGCGUGUUUGUGGUGGACCGAUUGUUUCAACCCUUGCCGAUUCUUUCAGUCCGCUAUACUUUGAGGUCACAGAAGCUAUGGAAGUUAUGGCCACAGAAGAACCCUGCGACAUAGCAUGCAGAUUCGGUGAUGGUCUUCUUGCUAUUGAAGAUUACCCAAACGGCUUCCCUCGACCAGCAAAGCAUCCGUAUCCAUUCAACGACAGCGUCGUCAUAUACAUACGACACAUAGGUCCCGGUGUGUGCGUAGGACAAGCAUGGCAAGAAGGGAAAGAACUGCAACAAGUUCCUCAAAAAUUAUGCACCGACAUUCUAAUGGUCAAACAGUACAACUGAGUUAAGAUUAUGCCUCUUGUUAACGUUGAUUGCAAGCUUUUUCACAUUAGAUUGAAGAGCGUUUUUGUAAAACUUGUAUUUAUGUAGUGGAUAUUAUUAAUGAAGUUAGAUUCGAAUAUAGAUUAAAGUAAUUAUCGAUUCCGGUGCAUCUAUGAUUGGUGGACAAAAAUGGC